CGUCUAGCCUCAGUAGGUAGAGACGACGGUUGCAAAGACGAGUUUUUCCUUACAGAGCGAAUAAUUUAACCGUUUAAUCGCUAGCUAUGCAAUAAAAUUGAUAUUCGACUGACCACUGGAAAGGCCGAAAAAUUCCUUGCCGAUGUCCUUGAAAAAAUCGCGACAAAGUAGGACGAUAUAAAUAGUUUGAGGUUAGAACCUAACCUGACUCUAACCUGCGGAUGAACUGUAAACCGAUAUAAAGAAACGUGAAAUAUGCUGUCAGAAGUUGACGUGUUCAUCAGCAACUACACUCUGGUCGAUCCUGAGAUUUACCAACUUUGGGUGGACGGAUAUUCUUCGAGCGAAGCCGUCAAUACUCUAAACCAGAGAGGUAUUUGCCAGCAAACAAAUGCGCCGAUCGAACUUGUCGCCUCAGAUGUCCUGGAUCAUUAUCGAACCUACAGCCUCCUCGAAAGGCUUCUGCAAAUGCCUCCGCAACUGGCCAGCGAACAGUUGGCUUUCCAAAUUGAACCACAAACAAGUCAAAUGUUAAUAGAAAUGUAUUACGAGUUCGAUGAUGCAGUCGUGCGUGAUUUUGUGGGAAAAAAAUUAUCCGCCAAACAUCGUAAGGAGCUUGACGAAGUUGCGGAGAAAACUGGUGUAUCGUUGAAAAGUUGUCGACGCCAAUUUGACAAUGUUAAACGAGUGCUAAAGGUCAUCGAAGACUUGCCAGGAUCUUUAGUCACUAAUAUAAAACAGUGUUUUCUACUACCUGACGAAUUAGCAAAGCGCUAUGCAGCGGUUGUCUUCAUAGCUUGCAUGCGAUUUGAAAUGAACAAAAAGAAGCUACAGUAUCUGACGUUUCCUGACCUCUUUCAUUGCGCGAAUACAAUGAUGGCUCUUUGGACCUAUCGUUACACAGGAUCAGAAUAUUUCGACACAGAUUUGGACAGAGAAUUUUUACUUGAUUUACCAGAGUGUCGCGUAUUGUUGGAAAACGAGAAGCAUCACAAGCACCUGGUUUGCAUCAAACUGAAACCAACUUUACUGGAGCGUUCAUACCAGGAAUUGGAUAUGAAUUUUCGAUUAUAUUCACGCGCGAUAAUUGGAAUAGCAUGCAAUCUGCACAGGAGCAGAGAGCUGCGAUCGUUUUUCUCAGACCUGGUCGAAAGGUGUUUAGAACCAUGGCGACAGGUGAACUGGUCGCAUACCGAUUUACGCAAUUUUCUUAGCACUUAUACGCAAUGUGCUCUCGACAUGGACGUACUGAGGGAAGCAGAUUUGAAAAACGCGUUCGAUAGGUACAUGAAAGUAGUGACAAGUUGCGUGCUAAGAAUGUAUCAUCAAUGAAAAUUACACAACUGUGUGUGUUGAAAAAUAAUUCUGGAAUUGACCGUGUAAUGUAGGACUGUACUUAACAAGGCUCGAUUAUGACUUAUAUUAUAUUGAAAAUAAUAAAUUAAUAGAAUAAUGAAAA